GCCGGCGGCGCUUUGCGGCGCUUUGCGGCGCUGCCGGGCGGUGCGGGCCGUGCGGGCGGCGGGGCGGCCGCCAUGGAGGGCGGCGGGAACUCCAAGGGCACCGGGCUCGGCGGCCUCUUCGGCGCCGGCGGCCUCGGGUACUCGCACGCCGACCUCGCCGGGGUGCCGCUGACUGGAAUGAGCCCUUUGUCACCGUAUUUAAACUUGGACCCCAAGUAUCUAGUACAGGACACAGAUGAGUUUAUCUUGCCCACAGGAGCCAGCAAAACUCGAGGCAGAUUUGAGCUGGCCUUUUUUACCAUUGGAGGAUGUUGUAUGACAGGGGCAGCGUUUGGUGCACUGAAUGGUUUGAGGCUUGGCUUGAAGGAGACACAGAACAUGCCGUGGUCAAAACCUAGAAACGUACAAAUUCUAAAUAUGGUGACAAGGCAAGGAGCAUUAUGGGCUAACACUCUGGGAUCACUGGCUCUACUUUACAGUGCAUUUGGAGUCAUCAUUGAAAAAACACGAGGUGCAGAAGAUGACCUGAACACCAUAGCUGCUGGAACCUUGACAGGAAUGCUAUACAAAAGCACUGGGGGAAUGCGUGCGAUAGCACGAGGUGGGAUCGCGGGUCUGACGCUGACCGGCCUCUACGCUCUGUACAACAACUGGGAGCACAUGAAGGGCUCCCUGGCCCGGCAGUCCCUGUGAGCAGGGCAGAGGACACGCCUGCAUAGUCACCAAUCAAAUCAGUUGUGAGAUAUAUCUGGUGCCCCUUCCUAUUUUAUUUACAAUUAGUGUGAAGCUGAAGGAAGCUGUGCUGGGAGGAACCUCUUGACACCGUGUAGCUGGACUGGCCCUUUUCUUCCCACCAGCCAGUUGCUGGAGAGGCAGCAAUAUUUGUUGGACUUGCAAGUGAACAGAGUGGCCACCAAGACAGUCUCCCUGGCACGCUCACCAGCCAGCCCUGGGCCAGAGCCACAAGGCCUGCUCGAGUCCCGCUGCCAGGUUUGUUGGGGCACGGCAGCGACGGCCCUGUAAUAAAGCCUGUAUCCAUAGAGCAUUCCCUGCAGCCUCAGCACACAGCACCUGGCAACUGGCAUAGGGCAAGGCUUGUUACUCUGACAGCACAAGGCAAGCUAUAAAAAGGGACAUCAUCAUUAAUAAAAAGGGUGGUACUUACUCAAUGCCAUUUCUAUCCUUUGCUGUUCCUACUACUGGUAAGACAAAAAUGAGCUGCAUCCAGUGACUUAUUUAUGGAUUUAUUUUGAAGGACCAACGUGAUAAAAUCCUGGGGGAGUCAGUGCAUGAGGGGAAGUGGAAUAGCAGGCUGAUGGUCUCCUGAUGUGUGAUUAUGGUGAGGCUUGACUGCACGCCCUUAUUUGCUCUAAUAAAUAAGGAACUGCUUGUUUAUGGAUGAGGUACAGUUGCUGUUGCAGAACAGCUACCAGUGGAUUAUCAAAACAUUUGGGUGCUCCAGUAUCUCAGAACUCAUUUAGCCAACAGUUAAAAACCAACAGUAUAAAAACGCCUCUCAUUGCAGGACUUUUAAUUAGCACAAAGCUUUUUGCCUGAAAUACCAUUUGUAAGGUUUUGGCAGAAUGAAGACUGUGAUGAACCUACACCUUUUCUAGUGUUAAAAUUAAACCAUGUACCAAGCAUCAUUUGUGCAUAAAUUAAACAAUAAGAUGUUAAUUAGUUCAGUAAUUAGAGUUACUGUGUAACAGCUCAUUCCUUCAAUGUUUAAAGAAUUAAACAGGUAAAUUAUUAAACAGGUCUGAAGACAGUGCGAAGGCAGGACCAGGGAAAAACAGGAAAUUUACUGCUUAGCAGACAACUUUAAGCUAAACAAGAGUCUACUUUGAGGUCUCCCUGCUGAAACAGUUCUUGAUAACUACAUUGCACCUGACAAAAUAAAAGCAACAAAAAGGCAGUAUCAGGAAGGCACUAUCUCUUACCUUCCUCCAAAAAGAAACACAGCUUUUGCUAAGAAGCCUCCUUAGGAGGAAAUGACCACCAAGACCAGCUUUUUAUAGAGCUCCAGCUAACGAGCCCUCACAGCUGAACUCAAUCAGCUUUGCUUGGAUACCAGGUCACAUUAGAUGAUUUAUGUCAGCAAUGCCUGUUUUUAUUAAGCCUUACGUUUCACAGUCUUCAGUGGGCUGCUUAUUAGUGUUGUGGGUAGAGAGCUACACUUUCCAGCGGGCAUUUUUUGAGGGAUCUACCACCAAAGAAACUGUCCCCUGCUCGGAGGCUGCACAAGGGUGACGUGGGCACUGGCAGCACUGCCAUGUGGGACGUCAGGAAACCGUGUGCUCUUCUUCUGAGCUUCUUCCCUCCCCGUUGGCAUCAGUGAGUUCCUCCCCCACGUUUCUUGGCCACCAUUAAUUGGACUUAAGUUCCAGUGCUCUUGGCCAUGAUGGAUAAAGGAUUGAGAGCUGCUUUGGGGGCCGAUGUUGGGUGACGGUUGCUUUUUAAAUCAGGAACUUUGCAAUGUAUCUUUUAGGUUUUCUAGAGACUUUUUCGGGACUAAAAUAUGACCCAGGAGCUUUCUGCCCUAAUUAAAUAGGGAAACUCUGAAGCUUAACAAAUGUCUUUCCUCCUUUAGGUGCACUAGAGAUAAUGUAGGAGUAAGCCUGUUCAAGUUCAGAGUUAGCACAACCUUAAGGCUAGGCUGACUCGUGAACAACUGAGUGUGUUACCUGGUCUGCAAUACCCUCAGAUCUCUUGGAAUUGCUUACCUCAGGGGCAGAGCUGAGUGCAUGCUCUGAAAUGGCUGUGUUACAGCUGUUAAAAACUUUGGUUCAUACUUUGUUGGUGUACGGAGUGAUAGUUUGAGCUAUGAAACACAACCAGCAGGGAGGCAGCAGUGAGGGAGGUGAACUGUGUGUAUGGAAUCCAGAAGCAUGUUUAUGAUACUCUGUGUCACGACAUACUGUGUUCACAGUUUAAUGGCAAACAAACAAUAUAUCAAAAGCAUACGCAAGUUCAGUAGGAAUAAAAGGAAGUAAAAUCAAGUUGCAAACAGGAUUUGGCAAGCAAGUUACAGCCCUCCCAUGCAGCAUUACAUAAACGCGAGCAUGGGAGAACUGGGGUUGUCUUGAUGAGCAAGGUUUUGGUGCCAGUCUGGCAUCCGGCUUUGCUGAGAGAUCCAAGGCAGCUUUCCGUGCUGGAGCAGCAAGUGAGGGAGCCUGGGACAAUGGGUGUAAUGAAAGGUUUUUGGAUCUUGUGAGGCUGGGUUUGCCUAGUCUUUGGAACAGAAAGGCAAACCACUGGGACCGUUCCCUGUCAGCAGGUGACUUCUCUUAUGAUUGGGGGAAUUUGUUGAAAAAUCAACAAAUUUCUACUGGUCAUGGUAGAAACCUCCAGCUUCCCCGAAGCAAGAAGAAGAAGCUGCUUUUGAAAACAGGAAGCAAACAUAUGUUAGGGGAGAAAAAUGAUCCAGUGUUCAUAGCCUGUGUUUCCUAUGACUGAAAAAGGGGAAAAUCCUUUUUUAUGCUUUAACAGAAGGUUACUCCUGUCCUUAAUAAAUUCUGGAUAGGAAACUGGUA